AUGCGCUCCGUUCUCUUUGGCCUCUUGGCCUUGUCUGUCAGUGCUCAUCCCUCGAGGCCAACCUUGUUCAAGAGAGCCAUCGACAUCAGUGCGUUCCGUCCCAAAGUGGAAUCUACCUACACCAAUGCGACUGUUGUGGAAUCGAUCCCUACCGUCGAGCGCGCUGUGAAACGUGCCGAUGCAUCUGACACGGCCACUGAGCUUGUCAAGAAGACUGUUCCUGGAGCGACUUUCCGUCUUGCUAAGGAAUAUGUUGGCAACAACGGAAUUGCGCAUUUCUACUUCAAGCAGACUGCCAAUGGAAUUGAUAUUGACAAUGCCGACUUCAAUGUUAACAUUGGGCGCAAUGGCGAGAUCUUCUCCUUCGGAAACUCUUUCUUUGAGGGCGAUGUGCCUCCUGCUUCUAGCUUGAGCAAGCGUGACACCGUGGAUGCAUUGACAGCUUUGAAAGGAGCUGUCAACGUGCUUCAGCUACCGGUUAAUGCCGAGAGCGCAAAGCCAGAAGAGACGGAUAAGAAUACUUUCUCUAUCAAGGGCGCCGAGGGCGCGGUCAGUGAUCCAGAGGCCCGAUUGGUCUACUUCCAGACUGGAGGCGCUCUCGCCUUGACCUGGCGAGUGGAGACCGAUAUCCUCAGCAACUGGCUCUUGACUUAUGUUGAUGCAAAGAGCGGUGAUCAAGUGCACUCUGUGAUUGAUUACUCGGCUGACGCUACUUAUGAGGUUUACCCAUGGGGAAUUAACGAUCCCACUGAAGGAUCGCGUGUAGUCGUGACAGAUCCUUGGAAUGACGAAGCAAGUGAAUUCGGAUUCCACAGCACUGGAAGUGAAUCCUUCAAGACUACCAGGGGAAACAACGGCAUUGCCCAUAACAACCCAAGCGGCGAGCUACUCUACGUCAACGACAAGUAUCUGACUGCCUACCGACCGGAAAGCCCGGAUUUGAAGUUUGAAUACCCUUACUCCCUCAACGAGAGUGACUGGCUCAAAUACGCAAACGCCUCUAUCACCCAGCUCUUCUACACUGCCAACGUGUACCACGAUCUUUUGCACAAGCUCGGCUUCGAUGAGAAAGCCGGAAACUUCGAAAUCAACAACAAUGGAGCUGGCGGACUCGGAAACGACUUCGUACUGUUGAACGCCCAGGAUGGAUCCGGCGUCAACAACGCCAACUUCGCUACCCCAGUUGAGGGCCAAAUCGCAAGAAUGCGAAUGUACAUCUGGGACAAGACGACUCCAAACCGCGACUGCAGUUUCGAGGCCGGCGUCGUUAUCCACGAGUACACCCACGGUCUCUCAAACCGUCUCACUGGAGGACCUCAGAACUCGGGCUGUCUCAGUAUCUUGGAGGCCGGCGGUAUGGGCGAGGGCUGGAGUGAUUUCUACGCCACGGCCAUCCGCCUGAAGCCCGGAGACACACGCAAGACCAACUACGCCAUGGGAGCUUGGGUUAACGGCAACGCGGCGGGUAUCCGAACCUACCUCUACUCGACCGACCUUACCGUCAACCCUCACAAGUACUCUGAUGUGGACAGCCUCACCCGAGUCCAUGCCAUUGGCACUGUGUGGGCCACCACCUUGUAUGAGGUGCUGUGGAAUUUGAUCGAUAAGCAUGGCAAGAACGACGCCGAUCUCCCCGAGUUCGAUGCCAACGGUGUGCCAACUGACGGCAAAUACCUCGCCAUGAAGUUGGUCUUGGACGGAUUGGCUCUCCAGCCCUGCAACCCAACCUUUGUGACCGCCCGAGAUGCUAUCAUCGACGCUGACAAGGCCUUGACUGGUGGUGACAAUGCUUGCGAACUCUGGAAAGGAUUCGCGAAGCGCGGAUUGGGUGAUGGUGCUAAGUACGAUCUCAACAAGAGGACUGAGAGCUUCGACCUCCCAGAAGGAGUGUGCUAA